AUGGACGACGGCAGGACCAAAGCUUUCCCCAGACGAACGAACAGCGACGAGCCGCACCCGCCGCCAGACGAGCCGAGCUCAUGGGAAAAGUUGGCCCGGACACGACCUCGAAGGCUCGACCUCGACUCUGCAUCACCGCCGGUCACGACCUGCACCACCGCCGGUCACGACCUGCACCACCGCCGGACUCCACCUGCACCACCACCCAACACCACCUGCACUGCACCGCGUCCACAGCACGACGCAGCACGUGACGGCACGACGCAGCACGUGACAGCACGUCCACAGCACGUCUCCUCCCACGAUGCGCAAUUGCCUACGCCGGCGUGUACGCACCCUGCUGACCAAUGCACCAGAGCAGUCGCGCCCAUGAUGGAGUCGAUACGCCCAGUCCUCGCCAACGUGAGGCUGUCCGCCCCGCGCCGCCCAUCCCGCCCCUUCUACCACUGCCUGCACACCUCGACCCCACGCAGCGCCACACCGCUGCCGCACCCCUCGGUCCCCGGCCCGCCGCCAGAGACACCCACGCCCGCCGCCUCGGAUCCACUGGACCGCGUCGCGCGCAAGAGGCGCCAGGCCGAGAUGCUGCAGCAGGCCAAGCACGUCCGCACGAAUGCCUCCAAGCCCACAAGCCCGCUGAAGAAGCGCUUCUGGACCGACGUCAGCGUCAUCGACGGCGGCGGCGGCCUCCAGAUCUUCCUCGACAACCGCCCCGUCCGCAACCCCAACAAGGACAUCCUCACCAUCCCCGCCUCUAAGCCCCAGCUCGCCACCGCCGUCGCCCUCGAAUGGGACCUCCUCGUCAGCGCACAGCAGGCCAUGAAGCACCACUAUAUCCCCAUGACCUCGCUCGCUGCCCGCGCCAUCGACCUCGACACGGCCGACGCAAAGGGCGACGACCGCAUCCGCGACUCCAUCGUCCAGCUGUGCAUGCGCUACCUCAGCACCGACACACUCCUGUGCUGGGCCCCCGAGUACGUCCUCAACGACGUGAAGCAGAACGGCAAGACAUUGCGCCAGCUGCAACAAGAGGUGGCCACGCGCAUCAUCGCCCAUCUGACCACCCACGUCUGGCCCGGCGUGCAGAUCAAACCCAUCCUCGAGCCCGACAGCAUCAUGCCCGUGGACCAGCCCGACCUGACCAAGGACGUCAUUCGCGCCUGGGUCUCGGCUCUUCCUGCCUACGAGCUCGCAGGCCUGGAGCGCGCCGUCCUGGCGAGCAAGAGCGUCCUCAUCGGCACCCGUCUCGUCCACGAGUGGGCCGAAGCCUUUUCCGACUCGCGCAAGCCCGGCACCAAAAAGACCUUUGGCAUUGAAGAAGCUGCCGAGGCCGCCAGCCUCGAAGUCAGGUGGCAAACCAAGGCCUGGGGCGAGGUCGAGGACACUCACGACGUCGAAAAGGAGGACAUGAAGCGCCAGCUCGGCAGCGUCAUCCUCCUCGUUGGCGGCGACUCGCCCUAG